AUGGGGUUAACUGUUUACCGAGAACACAUUCCAGAAAGUGGAACAGAGCUAUUUCCAGCCCCAGUGCUGAGAGCAUCCUCGUCAUUCCCCCUCCUAGAGGGAAAUCUGGUAAACCUGAGCUGUGAAACAAAGUUGCUCCCACAAAAGCCUGGUUUGCAGCUUUACUUCUCCUUCUACAUGGGAAGCAAGACACUGAUGAGCAGGAACAUAUCCUCUGGAUACCAGAUACUACCUGCUAAAAAAGAAGACUCCGGAUUAUACUGGUGUGAGGCUACCACAGAAGAUGGAAAUGUCAUCAAGCACCGCCCUGAGUUGGAGCUUCAAGUGUUUGUAGGGAUAAUAUUUUUGGUGGACACUGUUUUCUGUAUGAUAAUACAUAAGGAACUACAAAGAAAGAAAAAGUGGAAUUUAGAAAUCUCUUUGGGUUCUGAUCAUGGGAAGAAGGUAACUUCCUACCUUCAAAAUGAUAGAUAUUUAGAAGAAGAGCUGAAAUGUCAGGAACAAGAAGAACUGCAAGAAAGGACACACCAGGAGAGGCCCUGGGAGGGCCAUGGCGGUAGCUCUCGGAUCCGACGCGGAGGCGGCGUUGUGCGUAUCCCACGGAAGGCCGCUGGCGCCACCCUGUGGUCUCCUGUGCACAUUGCGACCUUAGCUCUCCACAGAAGCCGCAACCGCCAGUGCGCUCGGACCCAGCGGCGCGGAGGCUGGCGGGGUGCAAGCUUUCUGCAGCCUCCCCCCAGAGCCCUGUGA